AUGGCCGCCGAAGGAUCCAGCAGCCGCGAGGCCCACGUCUACAUGGCCCGCAUCUCGGAGCAGGCCGAGCGUUACGACGAAAUGGUUAACGAGAUGAAGGAGGUCGCCAAGCUCGGCGUCGAGCUCACGGUCGAGGAGCGCAACCUCCUUUCGGUCUCGUACAAGAACGUUAUCGGCGCCCGUCGCGCGUCGUGGCGCAUCAUCUCGUCGAUCGAGCAGAAGGAGGAGGCGAAGGGCAACUCGAGCCAGGUGUCCAAGAUCAAGGCGUACCGCGAGAAGGUCGAGGGCGAGCUGUCGGAUGUCUGCAACGACAUCCUCGACGUUCUCGACAAGCACCUCAUCCCCGCCGCCCAGUCGGGCGAGUCCAAGGUCUUCUACCACAAGAUGAAGGGCGACUACCACCGCUACCUCGCCGAGUUUGCGGCCGGUGACCAGCGCCAGAAGGCGUCCGACGCUGCCCACGAGGCCUACAAGACCGCGUCCGAGAUUGCCACCUCUGAGCUCGCGCCUACCCACCCGAUCCGCCUCGGUCUCGCGCUCAACUUCUCCGUCUUCUACUACGAGAUCCUCAACUCGCCGGAGAAGGCGUGCCACCUCGCCAAGACGGCGUUCGACGACGCCAUCGCCGAGCUCGACACGCUUUCGGAGGAGAGCUACAAGGACUCGACGCUCAUCAUGCAGCUCUUGCGGGACAACCUCACGUUGUGGACGUCGGACUUGUCGGCGGAGGAGCCUGCCCAGCAGGAGGCACCCAAGGCUGAGGAGGAGGCCAAGCCUGUUGCUGGCGAGGACGCUGCUUAA